AUGUUCAUCACACACCCCAGACCCAAGAAGAGCAUCUUGCCGGCCCCGGUGAAGAAGCGCAAGUUUGAUCACAAGGUCGAGGAGAUCAAUUUCGACAUCGACGCGCGUGAAGAAUAUCUGACGGGCUUUCACAAGCGCAAGUUGCAGCGCGUGAAGAGAGCGCAAGAAGAGGCUGCCAAGAGAGAGAAGGAGGAAAAGCUGGAGAGCAGGAAGCACGCUCGUGAACAGAGGAAACAGGAGGUGGAGGAACAUGUAGACCAUGUCAACAAGUUACUGAGGGAAGCAGCAAGGGCCGGUAACGUGGGCGGUGAGGAAGACUCCGACGAAGAGAAGGACGAAUGGCAAGGGUUACCGGAUGGACCAACUGAAGAGUCGAUCGAUCACGAGGAGGAAUACAUUGACGAAGACAAAUAUACAUCUGUGACCGUAGAGUCUGUCAGCGUCUCUAGGGAUGGCCUGCACAAGCCCGAAGAGGAGCCCGACACGGAGGACGAGGAGGAGAAAGAACGAAGAGAAGCCCUGGCAAAAGCUGAGAAAGAAAAGGACGUGCGGCCCAAGAAGCAGAAGAAGCCCAAGUUCCGUUAUGAGUCCAAGUUGGACCGGUCAAUCGCCAACAAGAAGCAGAAGAUUAAAAAGCUUAAAGCCCGGGGGGCAAGGGAGUAA